AUGUCGGAUGUUAGUGAGAAUACAUUAAGGAUCAUCAAAGCAGCAAAUAGGUCACUUCAGUUUCACCAGGAUAGGCUGGGAAAGGCAAAGAUAACAGAAAAUCAGGAAAAUCGCCUACGGAAAUGCCAAAAUACAUCAGGAAUCCGGAAUUCCACCUUUUUAAGCUCUAAAUCUCGACAAAAAAAGCCAGAAAAAAAAGUAGAAGCCACACAAAAAAAAGAGAAUGAUCAGGAAUCUAUAGAAAAAACACAAGAGAAAAUAAGAGAGCUUGAAGAUCGGAUCUCAAAAAUAUUGGAGUACUCCUCGGUACUUGAAAAAACGUUAAAACAAAGCAUUGACCAAACUAACAAAAUUAAUAAGAGCCAUUGCUGUUGUAAUGAGCUGGCCCACAGUAGUAAAAUGAAUGAAUCUAAGAUAAAUAGUCUAAUGAAAAGUGUUGUUAAUUCACUCAACUGGAAAAAAAUACAACCCCAAGUUAAACCUUGUAUAAUUCGGCCUAAACUACUGUCAAAACCUAAUUCUGGUUCGUUAAUUUCGACAUCACUCCUAGAAAGCCUCUCGAACAGUAUUCUGGAACUAUGUAUAGAAGAUAUUCUAAUUUCUUUAGAUACCUCCUUACACAAUUUUUCCGUUAAAUUUGUAAAGGAAAACUCUGGAGCUGAAACCAUCACCUAA